AUGAUUCAACUAACAUCUAAUGAUUUUAGGGUGCUAGUUGGAGCAUCUGCAAUCAAUUUCUUGAUAGCUGGUAGUGCCAGACUUUCUACAAUAUUUUUUGUCGAAUCAUUAACUCGUUACAAUGCAAGUAGGAAAGAGGCCUCUUUAGUUUAUGUUUUGCCUUAUCUGGUGAGAACUCUUUCAGGUCCUCUGAUUGGAUACUUUGAUCAAAUAUUCGGAUUAAGAAAGCUCAUUAUCGCGGGAUGUCUGGUGUCUACGCUAAGUAUAGGGUUUUGCUUUUUUGCCGAAGAUAUUUUUACAGUCACAAUUUUAUGGGGCGGAUUAUUUGGUUUCGGUUACGGAUUAUCACACCAAACUAUUCCACCUUAUCUCAACCAACAUUUUUCUGAAAAUAAAAGUACAGCAAAUGGUCUGGCAUUGACGUUUGCAAGUCUAGGUGCAAUUUUAUUACCUCCCGUAAUGCAGGUUUGCAUAAACUUGUACGGAUUGUCUGGAUGCUUCUUAGUUCUCUCUGCUAUGGUAGCAAACACCAUUCCAGCUAGCCUAGCGAUGCCAAAUCUUUCAAAUAAUGAUUCACCGAAGAAAAAUAAAAAUUUCCCUGCAAAUGGCCUCACUACUGAAACUAAUUCUGCAAAACAAAUUCAGAAAAGUGAUAAAGAUAAUUACAUUGCAGAAAGAAAUAUAAGAAAUUUCCCUGGGAAUAAGAUUUUUGUUGUUUUUAUUGACCCAGCAUUUAUUAUAAUGCUUAUUAUCAAUAGCUGUUUUAUGUUUAUUGUUGUAACAAUAUGGACUAUAAUUCUUGAUUACAGCUUGGAUAAAAAUCUAGAUGAAGGCAUGAAAAUACACGUAGUUACAAUUAUAUCAGUGUCUGACUUAAUUAGUCGUUUCUCUUCUGGAUUUAUCAUUGAUGCAAAAUGUAUGGAACUCACCAAACUGACAUUUAUUUGUUUCUUCAGUACGGGUCUAUUGCUUAUAGUUUUUGUGUUUGUGUAUAAUUCUUUGUUUCUGAUGAUAUGCGAGUUUGCAAUAUAUUUUAUAUUCGGAUUACUGUUCCUUUUAACUAUUGCACUGGUUCCAGAAUUUAUAGAAGAUGAUAAAAGGACUAUGGCACUGACUAGUAGACAUAUACUGAGUAUUCCACUUAGUUUAGCAACUCCGUCUAUCAUAGGUUAUUUUAGAGGAACUCAUGGUUCAUAUGACGGUGUGUUCUAUAUUUUGGGCAUAACAUGUAUUUUCUGUGCUUUUUCAGCGUGUUUCCUUCCUUACCUAGCGAAGAAGAAAACGAGAACUCCUGACCUUGAAUGUGCUACAUAG